AUGCUGGCGAGGAGAGCGAGGGGUCGGAGCAUAACGACAGCGGCGCAAGAAGAGAGCGCAGAAGCCUCGGAUGCGAGCAGCGGCGGCAGCAGCAAGCAGGAGGAGGAGGAGGACGGAGAGGAUGUCGUCUGGGCACGGGCAGAGCUCCCAAUGAGCAACGACGUUCAAGUGGAGCAAGCAACUCGUGCGGUGUGGCAGGCUCUCUCUGACGGCAAGACUCGCCAGAUUUUGAGGCUGUCCCUCCCUUUGAUCGGGAAAACCGAGAUCGACGACUGGCCGGGUGGGGAUCGACAACGCUACAAGGCCUGUGGGCCAAUGGUGGAAAGCGUGCUGCGUGGAAAUCCAGCGGCAAAGGAAGGCGCGUCGAUUGUGGAGCAGAUUCUUGACGAGUCUGACGCGGUGGGGCUCAUGCAGCUGCAGUGCAAGGAGGCCAAAGACGACGCCUCCGUCAUGAUUUUCCCGACAACGGACACUCUCUCCUUGCAGCAACAGGUAGCGGCGGGCGCCGGCUCCCGGCUCGUGGCGCUCGUCAAUCCUGCAUGGAGGUCCUCAUCAGACUUCGGGCUGUUCCAGGCCGGAGAAGCAAAGGAGACGCUGUCCGAGUUUGAGGUCACCUACUCGCUCCAGAGCCUGGUAGUCUACGGUUACACGCUACGGCUGCUGUACUGCUACCCUGGCCCGUGGAGGCUCUUCCUCAUCGGUGAAGGCAGCGGAAAGCGCGAGCUCCUGGGUUCUUGGGACCAAAGCCCGCCAACAAAUGAUCAAGUGGAGAGCGCGGUGUUCGACAAGAAGGGAAAGCCGAACGCGUCGGAGAGGGUCCAGGCUAGCGCAAAGUUUUUCCAGGAUAGCAUAUGAUGUUUGCGCUACAAACCGCGUCACGAUAUAUCCCGAGGUUU